ACAUUGAUGCGAUAAAUUGUCUCAGUAGCCAUACGACUUUCAGUCAGACAAGACGUAUUCGGCUCAAUUUUUAACCUUUCAAAGUCUUUGUAUAAAACUUAUAUAACAACGAUGACAACCACGCGCUUGUUGAAUACAUUUACUGUUAUAUUGCUUUGUUUACCAACAUAUUUUGCAAGUGCGGAUAAUUUUACUUUGAAGUCAAUCAGCAUAUUGUUUCGCCAUGGUGAUCGGACUCCGGAAAAAUCAGCUAUGUAUCCAAAAGACCCUUACUACGAUUAUGAUUAUUAUCCGCUUGAAUUAGGCGCUCUUACCAAUGUAGGUAAACAACGCGAAUACGAGUUGGGAAAAUUUCUCCGCAAUCGUUAUUACAAUUUUUUGGGUGACAUCUACUUCCCUCGCGAUGUUUAUGCUCGCAGCACUGACUUUGACAGGACAAAAAUGAGUUUGAUGCUUUUACUGGCUGGACUUUAUCCACCUAAUAAAAUACAACAGUGGACUUCGGAAUUAGCCUGGCAGCCAAUACCAAUAACCUAUUUACCGAUUAAUCAAGAUUCUUUCUUACGUGCCUCAGACUGUCCAAUGUUCAAGAAAGAGCAUUCCCGAGUAUUGAAAACAGAAGAGUACCUAACAGAUUUUUCGCAAUUUCGAGAAGACCUAAUUAAGAUAUCAAAAUUUACGGGACUCAAUAUAACUACGUCUAAUCAAAUGUUAGGUUUAUAUCAUACAUUAGUAGCUGAAGAUGGACUAAAUUUGACUCUUCCAAAUUGGACAAAGCCGUAUUUUCCACUGGGAGUCAUACUGAAAGCAGCCAUAUUUGAUUAUAAAACUCAGUCGUACAACACGAAACUGACUAAAUUGAACGGAGGUGCGGUACUUCGUAAGUUUCUUAAUGACGCGUCAGCUGUUAAAGAAGGUAAACGAGGACCAAAGAUCUUUCUUCAUAGCGCACACGAGACAACACUUGCAGCAGUUUUAAGGGCGCUGAAGACAUGGAAACCGGAAAUACCUCAAUAUUCUAGUUCCGUUAUUUUGGAGCUUUGGGAAAAAGAUUCGAAAUAUUACGUUAAAGUGGUGUACUACAAAGGAAUUCCACCAGAAACUGAAAAUCGAACAAUCCAGGGAUGUUCUGAAUACUGCCCCCUUGAAGACUUUAAAAAUAUAUUGAAGGACAACAUACCUGACGAUUAUGAUCGAGAAUGUUAUGAGUAAUCGAUGUGCUUUAUCGACAUAAAAGUUUAUACAAAAAUUCAUAUUUAGGCUGCAAAAAAUACAAUCAAAUAUUUUUGAAAUAAAGUAGUAAAGCAAUGUU